AUGGGUAGAGAGGACAUAGUUCCAGGACCUAAGGUGACUGAUAAGAGAGCCAUCAUCUUCGUUAUCAUUUUAUUCCUUUUGUGCCUGGUAGCAGUGGUGGGUAACGGUUUAAUCACUGCAGCACUAGGCAUGGGGUGGUGGCUGCAGAGAACGUUGUCACCCUGCAAUAGGUUAUUGGUCAGCCUGGCCUCUUGCUUCUGUCAGCAAUGGGUGGUGAUAAGUAAGAACAUGUAUAUUUUCCUGUAUCCAAUGGCCUUCCCACACAACCUUGUAUUACAGUCCCCAGCCAUUCAGGGGGACUUCUUGAAUGCUGUCACGUUAUGGUUCUCCACCUGGCUCAGUGUCUUCCACUGCAUGAAAAUUGCAACAUUCACCCACCCUGCCUUCCUCUGGCUAAGGAGCAUGGUGUCUGGGUUUGUCGCUUGGAUGCUGCUCAGCUCUGUGUGGUUCUCCAGCAUCAGCACCAGCACCAUUCUAUUUUUCAUAGGCAACCAGAGAAUAUACCAGAACUAUUUAAGGAAAGGUCUGCAAUCUUGGAAUGUCACUGGGAAUACUCUGAGGAGAACAUAUGAGAGAUUGUACUUCUUCCCUCUGAAAAUUGUUACCUGGACAGUCCCUACAGUUGUCUUCAUCACUGACAUGGUUUUGCUCAUUACAUCUCUGGGAAGACACACCAAGAAGGUCUUCCUGUCCAUCUCAGGUUUUCCUGAUCCCUGUGCCCAGGCACACGUCAAGGCUCUCCUGGCUCUCAUCUCCUCUGCCAUCCUUUUCAUUCCCUAUUUUCUGUCACUGGUACUCAAUGCUGCAGGCAUGUUUCCACUCCAGGAAUUCAGAUGCUGGGUAUGGCAGACUCUGAUUUAUCUGUGCAUGGCAGUCUACCCCAUCAUCCUACUCCUGAGUAACCGCAGGCUGAGAGCUGUGCUGAAGAGGUGCUGCUCCUCAAGGUGUGGGGCAUCUUGA